AGGAAAGGGCUGGGCUUGCCGACUCACUUACACACAACUUGGGUUGCGCCUGCAUCAGAAACCAGUUUAGGAAAAUCUUCGUUGAAGAGAGAAGUGGUAUUUGUGCAUGUCAGCUACUGAGCUGCAAAAUAAACGUUUCUGUGAACGCAGAUUGGAAGACAGCUUUCAUUCGCGGUGCAUCCUGAAGUUCUACAACAGAUCAUUUUGCUCAUCGAGGUUACAAGCGCCUUUAACACUUCUGCUUGUUGACGUUUGGACUGAACUUGUUUUGUUUUGGUGUGCGCAAUGAUGGCCACUUACCAAAACCCGGAGGAUGACGCAAUGACCUUAAUGAUCCAUGACAACAACACGAAGAAGGAGAAAGAGCGACCCAAAGAGGAGCCGGUCGAGGAGAAAGUUUCUGAGAAGUCGGACCCGACCCAGAAACCACCUUACUCCUAUGUUGCUCUCAUUGCCAUGGCCAUUCGGGAAAGCUCAGAGAAGCGCCUCACUCUCUCUGGUAUUUACCAGUAUAUAAUCAGCAAGUUUCCCUUCUAUGAAAAAAAUAAAAAAGGUUGGCAGAACAGCAUCAGACACAACCUCAGUCUCAACGAAUGCUUCAUUAAGGUCCCGCGUGAAGGCGGCGGGGAGAGAAAGGGGAAUUACUGGACUCUUGACCCAGCCUGCGAGGACAUGUUUGAGAAGGGGAACUACAGGAGACGCCGCAGAAUGAAGCGGCCGUUCAGACCUCCACCUACGCACUUCCAGCCGGGUAAGUCCUUGUUCGGAGGAGACGGCUAUGGCUACUUGUCCCCACCCAAGUACCUGCAGUCUAGCUUCAUGAACAACUCUUGGUCGCUAGGCCAACCGCCUGCUUCGAUGUCCUACACGUCCUGUCAGAUGGCCAGCGGCAACGUAAGUCCAGUGAACGUGAAGGGGUUGUCAGCCCCAUCAUCUUAUAACCCAUACUCCCGGGUGCAGAGCAUGGCGCUCCCCAGUAUGGUGAACUCUUACAAUGGUAUGAGUCACCAUCACCAUCCAGCGCAUCCCCACCAUGCCCAGCAGCUGAGCCCGGCCACCGCGGCACCGCCCCCGGUCUCCUCCAGUAACGGAGCGGGCCUUCAGUUCGCUUGCUCCCGCCAGCCCGCAGAACUCUCCAUGAUGCAUUGCUCUUACUGGGAACACGAGACCAAACACUCGGCGUUACACACGAGGAUUGAUAUCUAAAGUUUACAAAUGGUCUGUGUGAAGUGAGGACUCUAAGAGUCAGAGGUAAUUCCUGUGAUUUCAGAACAGAAAGAAGACUGUUUUGAAGAGACGAUUCUGAUUAGCUGUUUGGGUCCAGCUGACAUCCAUAACUGCAAAUGAGGAGUAUGCGGGAGUUGAUGCUGAGAAAGUUUUACAAAUUGGAGACGGGAGGUGAAGAAGUCAUCAGGACACAUCAGGUAGCAUAACCCCUGGGAGCGAUUUGUUGCGCCUGUUACACUUGGACUGAUGGUCAUAACUUGGUAUUGUAGUCAAACUGUUCCUAAACUUUUCACUUUCACGAGGACAGACAUUACACCUUAGCUGUGUCUAACUGGUAUGCGUAAUGAUUUCUCUCAACUUUACGCACGGCUUAUCCUAACUAUUGCCAAAUGAAACGUAAACAUAUGAUGCCCUAAUUAAGUCAAUACUUUAAUAUGUAAUUAGUCAGAGCUGUUUUUGGCAUUCUCAGUAACAUGCACUGAGCAAGGCCUGCAUGGUGAAACCUCACCUCAUCUCAUGUUUGUGAAUCUUGUUAGUGUAAAAAAAAAGUGACAGUGUGGGUAGAGAUCCAUCAAACUGCCAAAAAUACAAUUCAGGGUUUUUCAUAUUUCUUGAUCCCAUAUGUAUGUAUGAUAUAGUUUCCAGUAUGACGCCAGCCAGUGCUUGGUUUUGUUAAUCUUUCUAAUUAUUAUAAUUUUUUUUAAAUAAACGUGGUUAGCUAUAUUGUCUCAUUCAUGUUGGGGCCAUGUUUCAUUUUAAUUAGCACUUUUCCCUCUUUUCUAGGUUUGUGAAUUUCUUAAUAAACUUCUAUUC